AGAACUCACUUGCUGCAGCUGGGAAAGUUUGAAAAUGGACAUAAAAUAAACUAAAUGAAACCUACUUUAACUGAUGAAUUUGACAAAAGGAAAAAAAAAAGGAACUUUUGAUUUUUGUUCUUGUACUUCUCAUUUGUUUUUUGUGGGUUUUUGUGUCUGCACAUCUGGUGGUUUGCGCGCAGGCUGCAGACAUGUAAAGUAAUCUUCAUGGAAAUUGUUCAUCUGAACAGAUUCAGACGCUGACGUUUUGAUUCCUCCAAAAGAUUUUGGUCAUUAAAGUAAAUCACCAGAACUUCCACAAAUGGGGACCACUUGGUUUGUAGUUUGGAGUGUUUGGAUCUUGUGUCAGCCCUCAGCUGCUGCAGAUGGGUCAUUAUGUGAACCUGGAUUUGAGUCAGAGCUGUUUAUAUUAAAAGUGAGCAGAAAGAACCUGAAGCCAGGCACAAGACUGUGCAAAGUUGGCUUCACUGACUGCACGACCCGCACAAGAUUUCUCUUCAGCACAGAUGACAGCCGUUUAGUUGUAGAGGCUGAAGGAAUAAUAACUGUAAAGAGACAGAUUGUCCUUCAUGAGGGAAACCAGAACUUCUUGGUCCAUGCCUGGGAUUCACAAGGUCAGAAAAUGACUCUUCCUGUCAGGUUGCUGUAUCAAAAUCAUCACUAUAUGAACAACCGUCUGGAUGCUGAAUUUCAUCAUGAGGCUCAUAAACUCAACAACCAGCUUCACGAUCACCUGGACUCUGAUAGUAAUCAGCAGAUCCCCAUUCUGGAUUUCCCCAAAUCUAAUCCAGGGCUGAAGAGGAGGAAGAGAGACUGGGUUAUCCCUCCUCUCAGUGUUCCUGAACAUAGCAGAGGACCUUAUCCCCGGUUACUUGCCAAGAUUCGCUCUAAUAAAGAUAAAGUGAAGAAGAUCUAUUACAGCAUCACUGGUCCAGGAGCAGAUCAGCCUCCUGUUGGUCUUUUCACCAUGAACAGAGACACUGGUCAUCUGUAUGUCACACAGGAACUGGACAGAGAGAAAGUGGACAAGUACACGCUUCAAGUCCAUUCUGUGGCAGAGGGAGGCGAUGGAAAAGCAGAGGAACCGAUGGAUAUUAUAAUCAAUGUAAUUGACCAGAAUGACAACAAGCCUGUUUUCAGUCAGUCCAUCUAUAUGGGAGAUGCUCCAGAGGCCUCACAGAAAGGUUUUCAGGUGCUUCAGAUUGUGGCCACAGAUGCUGAUCAGCCAAAUACUGACAACUCUGAUAUCAGGUACCGUAUAAUGAGUCAGAAGCCAGAGGAGCCCAAUCCCAACAUGUUUAUCAUCAAUCCAACAACUGGAGUCAUCAGAGUCAACGAGCCUGGACUGGACCGAGAGAAAGUCCCAAAGUAUGAACUAGAAGUACAGGUAGCUGACAUGAAGGGAGAAAGUUUGACUGGAUUUACCAAAGUGAUUAUCAAAGUGACGGACCUCAACGAUCACGCUCCAGUCUUUUUAGAGCCCAGAUAUAACGCUACAGUUGAAGAGAACAAAGUAGACACUCUAAUUGUUAAGAUGUUGGUGACGGACAAUGAUGAGCCUCAUACCAUGGCCUGGAAUGCAAAGUUCAAAAUCAUUGAUGGAGAUCCAGGAAAUCUGUUUACUGUGGUAACAGGAACAAACAAACAAGAAGGAAUCAUCACCACUGCUAAGGGUCUGGACUUUGAGAGAGCCAGUAAGCACACUCUACUGGUCACAGUGGAGAAUGAGGCUCCUUUUGCUGUCCCAUUGGUCACUUCCACUGCUACAGUGGUGGUGACCGUGGUGGAUGUCAAUGAACCUCUGAUGUUUGAUCCAGAAAAGAAAAAUGUUUCCAAACGUGAGGAUCUUGCUGUGAACAGCACUGUGGUGCGGUACACAGCUUCUGAUCCAGACACUGGACGCAAACAGAAAGUCAUGUAUGAAAUAAUUAGUGACCCAGCCGGCUGGUUUGACAUUGAUAAGGAGACUGGUGAGGUAAAAGUGAGAAACCGAAUGGACAGAGAAUCUCCACUUGUCAAGGAGGAGAAAUACACAGCCCUGAUUGGUGCAUCUGAUGAUGAUCGAAUUGCAGCUACAGCAACUGGAACUCUGGUUCUUCAUCUUCAGGAUGUCAACGACAACCCUCCUACCAUCGAGGAACGCAAAUUCACAGUGUGUAGCAAGAUAGCAGUUCCUCAGCUGCUGACUGUGACAGACAGAGACGGACCAGGCUUUACUUCUCCAUACAACGUCAGCCUAGUUGGUUCUGCAAAGGCUAACUGGACUGCUAGGAUGAUCAGCACCAGAACAGGAAUCAUCCUGACUUUAAACCGUGAGCUGGAGAUUGGAGAUUACACUGUGGCCAUGAGCAUUGCAGACAACCAGGGUCUGUCUCAGGUCAGCACAGUCACAGCCAGAGUGUGUGACUGCACUGGAGAAGACGUGAGCUGUCGGGAGAAAGAUGUCGGUGGCUCCAACCCGCCAGUCAUCCUGGGAAUACUGAAGGCCACUGUGGUGUUGCUGACCAUGCUGGGGCUGCCAUUGUUCCUGUUUGUGAGACGAAGGAGAGCAGAGGAGAAACCUGUUGAACUCAAAGAUCUCAGCACGGCAGACAACAUGUUUGAGGAGGAGGAGAGGAACGACAGAGAGGACAUUCAGGGAGGCGGUUCUGAUUCGCAAGACCCAGAAUAUGAAUAUCUGCCUGAAGGGGUCCCACUCCCAGAAACUGCCUGAUAAUAAUGGAGAACAGGAUGAAAACAAACUGUACAUGUUUGGUGCUUUAAAAGAAAAUUUAAAUGUUAAAUGUGUCUGUAGUAACAUGUUGAACAUUUCACAUAUUUUGUAAUGAACCAUUUCAGUUUAAUGUCAUUCAUUGUAAUGACCUCUUGUUGAGAGGUCAAAGAUGAUGUUUUCCAUUGUUCACUAUUUGGGGGGUUAGCUUUCUGCAAGCUUUUCAAAGGUGAAACUUUUAACCUUUGUUAUAUUUGCUUAUUUUAUUUUUUUCCCCAAUACAUAGACUUUGUUUUCUACAUUGCUGGUGCUACUGAGCAAACACUGAACAACACAAAUGUUGUGCAUCUUUGGUGUUUGGUGUCUGUAAAUCUAUAAGGGAAUCUCUUGAGAUUCUCUGGAGUGAGCAAAAGAUUAGGGUGAUGGUGAGGAGGCAAUUCAAAGACUUGGAGCUCAUUAUGAUAAAUCAGCAAAACAUUCAAAAAGAUGCUAAGCCUCUAUAACAAAAGGUUCAGGUAUUAGUUUUCAUUAAGCGUACAUUUUUUGCAUUACUUUUUCAUUGAUGUAUCAUAUUCUAAUCUAAAAUGUCGUCUUUGCAUCAGUUGAAAGCAGAAAAUAAUCAUCAACAAAAUACAGGUUUGAAAGCAGUCUCUCUGGAAUUGAUCUGUUUCACUUAUUUGUUACUAAAAUAAAUGGACUUAC